GAAGAGACGCUGUGGUGUCCUCCGGUACACUGAGGAAACGGAGGACGGGCGCCAAAUAAGAAGUACACUUGGGGCAGAUAUGUCGCCCAGCUCGACUCUGUCGCUGAAAAACUUUCAAAGGAUCAGGCGGAGUUAUAACACAUGAAUGAUAUGGAAAUUAAAACGAGGUGUUCUCCUGCCGAGAUGGAAAAAGCCGACGUCUGGCCCUCGAAGAAGGCUGAAAAUGUGGAUCCAGAUAGGGUAAGAAUAUGGCCACGUAUGGAGCCCUUCCUCCUGGGUGCCCUCCAGGUGGCCCCCUCCUCCAAACUCGGCCUCCACUACCUACGCAAGAUGGCUACCUAUGUACGCACCCGUGAUGGCUGUUUCCCUUCGUUGGCCUGGCCCAUGUGGAAGCACAUUGCUUGUGGGAAGCUGCAGCUUGCAGAAGACCUGGCCUGGCUCUACUUCGAGACCUUUGACCUCUUUACUAGCCACUCACCUGCAGACAGACUGGAGUGGGCAGAGAGUCUUUCACAGUGUUCAAACAAAAGUGAGCUUGACCAGCAAAGAGGAAAGAUGUCCGUGGACACGCUGCAGUUCCUCCUCUUCCUCCACAUCCAACAGCUGAAUCGCGUGUCUCUGCGUAACUCUCUCAUUGGUGAAGAGUGGCCCAGCCAUCGCGCACAUUCUCCAUCUCCGUCGGAACGUGAGGCCAAGACCAACACUCAGAACAAGAAUUGGGACGACCAGGCCCACCUUUCCUUUACGCAGAGCCACUUGACGGAACUUCUGGAGCUGCUGGUGGAACCGGAUCAACUGUCUGAGUCAGGGAUAGCCCGGCGUGAUUGUCAGAUCUCCCUGGUGGCUGUGCGCAGCUUGGGCCUGCUCCUGGAGGGCUCAGUGCACCCAGGAAGCGCUGUCCAGCCUGUCCAUAGGUUGCUGAGUAAAGGUCCACUCCAAAUGCACGCGGGCUACUCUUCCCUCAGCCAUUCUUUCCCACUCAACCAGCUUAUCUCCUGUCUUCAACACAACCUCACCCACAAUCCCUUUGGAAUAACGUCCUGCUUGCGCUCCGGGAAGAGGCUAGCCUGGGCACAACAAGUCGAGGGGGCCAUAAAGCGUGCCAAGAUAGCCCGAAACACUCACUUGGCUCCAGCGGGCAGCAAGAUGGUGCUCAUGUCUCAAGUGUGUAAGCAGACCCUGGCCAAGACCUCUGACAAAAUGACUGGAGCCAACAUUAAGAUCCACCGCUGUUCUGACGCCUACAUCUACCUCCUUUCGCCUCUCAGGUCCGUAAAUGUGGACAAGUGCAGAGAUUGCACAGUGAUUCUGGGUCCAGUGGAGACCAGCGUGCAUGUGCACUGUUGCCAGAAUGUGAAGGUAGUGUGCGUGGCGGGCAGACUCGUCGUCGGGGCCUCGUCGCGCUGCACGCUCCAUGCUCUGACGCCCACACGCCCGCUGCUCCUGCCGGGCAAUACCGACAUCACCCUGGGCCCCUUCCACACCUUCUACCCAUCCCUGGAGGACCACAUGGCCAGUGUGGGGCUGGCGGUGGUACCCAACUUGUGGGAUCAGCCCCUGCUGUUGGGGAAUGACCCAGUAAAGGCCUCCGCUAACCCAGACCUGACUUGCUACCGUCUCCUACCCCCGGAGGAGUUCCACAUGCUGGUGGUGCCUUUCCAUAUGGAGGGAGAUACGUGCGAGGUACCGGGGGAGUUGGCGCCCCGCUAUCAGGCAGCACUCGAUGACAAACAAAAGAGGAUACAAAGAUGGCAGAAGACAGUCAUGGAGGCUCAGCUGAACAAGGAGCAAAAAUGCAAGUUCCAGGAGCUUGUGGAGGCUAAGUUUCACACGUGGCUGCAGGAGACUGGACAUAGACAGGAAUUGGACAGCCUUAUCCCACCGUCCCUGCAGGUCUCGAACGGCGACCCAGUGGCUGAGACUUCAGUGAACAACGUCAAGUUUAUGAAGACAAGAGAGGCAAUGGCUUCACCAAUGGCUUUUUGAACUGUGUGCCUCGGACCUUCAGUGCUGUUUAGUUCUUGAUUGUAUUAACAAAUUGCCAAUUGUGCAGACUACGCGGUGUUUAUUAUUUUGUAUUCAGACUACAAAAGGGAAACAUGAAUCAUUUAAGGAUUAUAUAAAUGUGAAUAAGACCAGUAUUCAGUAGCUCACAGACCUCCCCCAAAACUUAGAUUUAAAAAAUUAAUCCUUAUUAUUAUUGCAUUCAACUGAAUUAAUAGUUUUUUUUUUUUUUAAAUAGGUUUGACCAACCUUAAUUGAUAACCACUCACGUCUAAAUAUUAUCAUUUGAAAUCAUGCAUUGUUCAAUCCUUCAGAACAAGAACCGCUCCCCAUUUUUCAGUAAUGGGAAAAGUCAAUUAUAUAAUAUUAGACAUUUUAGCAGGUUCAACUGUUGACUGUGUGAUAAACAUUCAAAUGCUGAGUCACUCAUGUACCAAGUUACCAAACAACCAUGUGCUUCCAAGUAUAUUGUUCUAUCAAAGUAUCUGAAAAUAAUGUGUAUGUUAUAUUUUUGUAAAAAUGUGUUCUAAAUGACUAGUUUGCACUUCUUUCCUUCAAUAUGUCAAGGUUCCUCUGUACAUAAUGAGCCAUUAAAAAGUACAUCAAUGUUAUUGCAUUGAAAAUGAUUACUGUAAAACAUUACUGCCUAGCUUUACCUUUACAAAAUAAAGAGGCUCACU